CGGGGCGGAGCUCCCCCUUCCGAUGAGUCGGCUCUGAGGUUCAGUCAGCGCGAAGCGCCCCGACCCGCGUCCGCCGCGAGCCCGCCCGAGACCCGCGUCCGCCGCCGCCGCCCGCUCUGAGGAGCCGCCGUCGCGCGCUUCCCCUCGCCCCUUUCCCCUCAGCGCCAUGGCCUCAGGAUCCGAUUCUAAAGCAGAUGACUUAUCGACUGCUAUUCUGAAGCAGAAGAACAGGCCCAAUCGGUUAAUUGUUGAUGAAGCCAUCAAUGAAGACAACAGUGUGGUGUCACUGUCCCAGGCAAAAAUGGAUGAAUUGCAACUGUUCAGAGGAGACACUGUUCUCCUAAAAGGAAAGAAGAGGAGAGAAGCAGUCUGCAUUGUUCUGUCAGAUGAUACCUGCUCAGAUGAGAAGAUUCGCAUGAAUAGGGUUGUUCGCAACAACCUGAGAGUGCGCCUGGGUGAUGUGAUCAGCAUCCAGCCCUGUCCAGAUGUGAAAUAUGGCAAACGUAUCCAUGUGCUGCCAAUUGAUGACACAGUAGAAGGAAUCACAGGGAAUCUCUUUGAGGUUUAUCUCAAACCAUACUUCCUGGAAGCAUACAGACCCAUCAGGAAAGGUGACAUUUUCUUGGUGCGUGGAGGGAUGCGUGCAGUGGAGUUCAAAGUGGUGGAGACAGAUCCAAGCCCUUACUGCAUAGUGGCUCCGGACACAGUGAUCCAUUGUGAAGGAGAGCCCAUCAAACGAGAGGAUGAAGAAGAGUCAUUGAAUGAGGUGGGCUAUGAUGACAUUGGUGGCUGCCGGAAGCAGCUGGCUCAGAUCAAAGAGAUGGUGGAACUUCCCCUUCGACAUCCUGCUCUCUUCAAGGCCAUAGGAGUGAAGCCUCCACGGGGAAUCCUGCUGUAUGGUCCACCUGGCACUGGCAAAACACUGAUUGCCCGAGCAGUGGCCAAUGAAACUGGGGCUUUCUUCUUCCUGAUCAAUGGUCCUGAGAUCAUGAGCAAGCUGGCCGGUGAGUCUGAGAGCAAUCUGAGGAAAGCCUUUGAAGAAGCUGAAAAGAAUGCACCUGCCAUCAUUUUCAUUGAUGAACUGGAUGCCAUUGCUCCGAAGAGAGAGAAGACGCAUGGAGAGGUGGAGCGUCGCAUAGUGUCUCAGCUAUUGACUCUUAUGGAUGGACUGAAACAGAGAGCACAUGUGAUUGUUAUGGCAGCUACCAACAGACCAAACAGCAUUGACCCAGCACUCAGGCGAUUUGGUCGUUUUGACAGAGAGGUAGAUAUUGGUAUCCCAGAUGCAACUGGUCGCCUGGAGAUCCUGCAGAUCCACACAAAAAAUAUGAAACUGGCUGAUGAUGUGGAUCUGGAACAGGUGGCAAAUGAGACCCAUGGACAUGUUGGUGCUGACUUGGCUGCUCUUUGCUCA